AUGAUUGAUUCGCAAAGUGAAAGUAAAUAUUUGUUGGAUUUGGAACAAACAGCUGUAUAUUAUGGUUCAAAAAUGCAAGAAAAAGAGAAAUAUCCCAAGAUGUUGUGUUUGAAGAGAAGUGAGAGUUCUCUAAAGCAGCAGAUUGUUCCUGAAAGCCAAACAUCAAGUACUAAAGAAACAACUAAGAGAAAACAAACAAAAGAGAAUAAAAGUAAAGAACAAAACAGUCCUGUAAAGAAAUCCCGAAAAGCUGCUUUGACUUCAAUUAAAAGAAACAGAGAAAUAUUAAAAGUUAAAGAUUUUAAAUUCAAGAAAACUUCUGAAAAGAACAUUGACAGUGUCUAUAAUUUCAGUUCAAGUAUACCUGGAAGUGAAAAAGAUUACUUUUGUACACCUCCAAGGAGAAAAAAGUUUAAAAGAAAUCGUAAAGUUUUUCAAACUGAUACGGAAACUGGUAGCAGUGAAGUAAGCUGGUUUGGAAAAGGAAAAUCUAUUACUUUAUUUGAAACUCCAAAAAAGAAUUAUUCAAACAGGAAAAAGAACAGUAAAAAUUCCUCUUAUCAGUCUGCUAAACAGAGCAACUUUAAAAAGGUGUCUCGACAGAGAAGAAUUCAUAAUACUAGCACUGCUGAACAGGCUCGUAGUGCACAGCUAAACGGAGGAUUAAAAAGAACAGUUUCUUCUGAUAUAGAAAACUACAGUUUAGUUAUUGAAAAAGUGUCUGUGAAUGCCAAAAUGCAAAACCAUCAAGGGCUUUCAUUUUCAUCUAAUCAAAUUCUAACAGCUGCUGGUUUGAAGCAAGAGUCUCCUAUUUCUAGAACUAAAUUUGGAAGUAAUUUGCAAGUCGAUUUAAACAUUGUACCACCUUCACAGCCAAUAAAAGUGUUGAAAUUUGAUGAAAAUACACCCAAAAGUCCCACAAAAAACAUAGUCGGAAAAGAUUUACCAAUGAAACUUUCAAGAAUAAAAACUGCUUUAAGCAGCAGAAACUCUACACUGUCUUCAAAAAGUAUUAAAUCAUUUACCUCUAUUACUGAAUUGAAAAGCAAGCAUCAAAAUUCUAAUCUUAACCUGAACAACACAGUUGUUGAACAAUCAUUUUCAAAUGAUAUAAAACAAAGCAUGCAUUUGAAUGAACCGCUAUCAAGCAUAUCUUUAUCAUCUAAAACGCAAGUUUCUAAUGUUAAGAAAAAUACUUUGUGUACAGAAAAUGCAGAAUCUGGUGGAAAGGAGUUACUAUUUGAUUCUGGGAUAAAUGUCACUAUGUGCAACGGAAGUCAGAAAGGAGGAAGCUUGUCCUUGACUGAAGACAUAGCAAAAGGGAAGAAUUUUCUCUUGAACCGUUUUUUGCAGAGUUGUCUAUUAGAACAAGCAGAAGUUUUCUCUGAGAACAGUUCUGAAAAUAGAAGAGCCACAGAAAAUUCCUGUGUUAAGAGAAAAGUUGAAUCAUCAAAGUCAUGCUAUUCUAAUGGGAAAAAGUUAAAAUGUACUUUACAUUGUUCUGGUAAACUCUCAUUGAGAAAAAAAGAUAUUUCAAAUUCAAACUAUGAUACUGAAUGUUUACAGGAUGAUGAUGUGGAAGUGGGAAAGGUCUCACAAAUGGAUUCAGGGAUGGAAGUAGACUGUGGAACACAUGAAUUCCAUAAUACUAAUGGGAGAUUAGCAUCUACACCAAUAAAGAAAACUGGAAAUUUAAAUACUAAGCAUAUGGAAGAUGUUGCUUCUGAUCUUAGUGCAAUAAUAACUGAAUCUGUUGUGAAAUCAAAUAAGUCUAAAAACAAGCCAUAUAAAAAUACUGAUGAUUUUUCAAGUAAUCAGAACUUUAAAGAGAAAUUGCAGGAUACCAUUUUUUCAAUUCUUACUACGGAAAUAAAUUAUUUAGUCAGAAAAUUGCUGGGAACUGAACAGAACUCUGAAUAUAUUCUUCAUGAAAAGAUGUUAGUUCUCCGAAAAAAAUUAGUAACUGCUGGAAAAAUUUCAUCUCCUGGACAUCAAGAGAAAACUGCAUGUGACCAAUUUUUAAACAGUUUUGAAAGGAUAAAAUUUGAAGUUAUGGACUACCUCAAAUCAGAAGAAGAAUAUGAACGCAAAUUAAGACGUAAACAUGAAAAAGCUGUUGAAAAGUACUUCUGCAAUGUGAAAAUGGUUAUAGAAAGUGCUAUAAGCUCUGUGGAGGAAAGGAUAUUAUCAAUCUUGAAGCAUUCAUUUAGAAAAUGUGUGGAAAUUAUGCAUUCCAUUUAAGAAAAGAAAAAUUAAUUGCAGAGGCUGUUUGUAUUAAAGAUACUCAUAUUGAUUGAUAUAUAAUUUUAUUAAAAUGUUUUAGAAUUAUAUAUAUUGUAUUACCAGUAGUAAUAAGUAGUUUCAGUGAAACUAACUGUAUGUAUUUUGUAAGAAAAUUCAUUCAUUAAAUUUAACAUUUUGUACAAAGA